UCCUAACUCUCUCUCUCUCUCCCUACCUCUCUUUGACUUGCUCUCUUUUAAAGCUGCUCCAAUCGCUAUGUCCGGCAUUCCACGCAGCUUCGUAAAUACACGCAUGCCGCUUCUUCCUCUUCUUCUGCUCUGCCGCAGUGGAGCAGUGAAGAGAGGAAAUUGGAGAGCAGAGCAGAGCAGCAAACCGCAUUCACUCCUCGAAAGUCGGCGGGCGAAGGUGGCGCGCUGCGAAAAAUCAAACGGCAGAAACGGCAACAACGACCCGCCUAUCGAGCAAACUUGUUUAAAGUGCCAUAAAAAAGCCACAAAAAGCGGAGAAAUAUAAAAAAACUGCUGCCGCACAGCAGACGCAACUGGCGCCGGUGCCCCAAUAAAAAUUUUCCGGCGAGUGUGCAACUUUUUUCGGUUUAUUUAAAUAAAAUAAGUAACACAACUAUAAGUGCAGGUGCAGUGCUUAAAUCGCCCUGAAUUAAGUGUUGUACAAAAUGCCGUAACAUUCGUUGGCAGUUGGGCAAUCAGGGUCAUUGAAAGAAAUUCAUAUUGAAGGUGGCCCAUCAAAGGAUUCCAAACAUGAAUUGGAUUAUCUAUACUUGGCCUUGGCUUCUUCUGUUGGCCCUGAUCUCACUGGGCAGAGCAUCACCUGUUCCCAGUCGCCAGUAUAGCUGUAUGAGCUUUCAGGAGAAUGACAACACCUUCCAUGAUGAUGACGGCGAUCAGGACUCUAGUGACGAAAUGCAGGAACAGCAGCAGGUAGAGUCAACGCCUGUGCCCACAGAACCACAUAGACGGACGUGCAAUGAUGGCGAUACCUUCUGCUUUACACUCUGGAACCAGACGCCCAAUGGAACGAAGAUUAUCAAGCAGGGUUGCUGGAAGGACAACACGGAUCGCACUUCAAUCUGCAGUCAGUCAGAGUGCACCAGCUCUGCUCCAACUUCUAAGAAAAGUUCCUGGUACUAUUGCUGCUGCUCGGGGGAUGUUUGCAAUGAUCAGUUUACCGUGGUGGAACCUGCUCCUCUGGAACUGGGUUCCAACGAAGGAAGGUCAUCGCUCACCAAUCGGGCCACUGAAAAGCAGCAUCAGUCCUUUUUGGCCAGCACAAUGCUGGGCCUUGCCGGUGGAUUGACAGCCCUCAUAAUUGGCAUCUUCCUGGCCGUACAGUAUUGCCGGACAGCAAAGGAGAAACCGGAGCCCGAGGAAUCACCUCUGGCGCCAUCGGGUCCUGGUUACAGCUCCAAUCUCCGAAAUGUGGAUAAUAUGAAUUUGAUCGGAAUGUUGGGAAGCGGCAAGUACGGAACUGUGAUGAAGGGACUGCUGCACGACCAGGAGGUAGCAGUUAAGAUUUAUCCUGAAGAGCACCACCAGUACUAUGUCAACGAGAGGAAUAUCUAUGCUCUGCCCUUGAUGGAGUGUCCUGCCCUGUUGAGCUACUUUGGCUAUGAUGAACGCUGCACGAUGGACGGGCGGAUGGAGUACCAGUUGGUGCUUUCCUUGGCUCCAUUAGGAUGCCUCCAGGAUUGGUUAAUAGCCAACACGUUGACCUUCAGCGAAUGCUGCGGGAUGUUGCGAUCCAUCACCAGAGGAAUCUCGCAUCUCCACACGGAACUACGGCUGGGGGAUCAGCAUAAGCCAUGUGUGGCCCAUCGGGAUAUCAAUACCAGGAACGUAUUGGUUCAAGCAGAUCUCAGCUGCUGUAUUGCGGAUUUUGGUUUUGCACUCAAGGUCUUUGGCUCCAAGUACGAGUACAAGGGCGAGGUGGCAAUGGCGGAAACGAAGAGCAUCAAUGAGGUGGGCACCCUUCGCUACAUGGCUCCGGAAUUGCUGGAAGGAGCUGUAAAUCUGAGAGAUUGCGAAACCUCGUUGAAGCAAAUGGAUGUCUAUGCCUUGGGUUUGGUGCUCUGGGAAGUGGCAACCCGCUGUUCGGACUUCUACGCUCCAGGACAGGCAACGCCUCCCUAUAAGGCUCCCUAUGAGCAGGAAGUAGGCUCCCAUCCCAGUUUCGAUCAAAUGCAGGCUUUGGUGGUGCGCCACAAGGCGCGUCCUUUGUUUCCCGCCGGCUGGGGAGGUGGUGCUGCGGCGAAGGUGGUACGAGAUACCUGCGAGGACUGUUGGGACCAUGAUGCAGAUGCCAGGUUGACUUCCUUGUGUGCCGAAGAACGCAUGCAGGAGAUGUCAACUUUGAGACCACGAGCACAAGCUCAGCCUGCCAGCCCACUGCUGAACACCAACAAUCUGGUGGCCAAUGGAAACGCGGAACAGAGUGUGAAUGUCAUAACCACAACGACUACUUCGGCUGCAGUGCACCACCAGAUGAGCUCGGAUACCACGGGUCUCAUACAGCCACCUCCCAAUCAGCAGCUACCUCUAGCUGCCUUGGAACGGGAAAAGAAUCACCUGAGCUAUCCGCAACAGCAAUUACAGCCGUAUCAGGGCAGGAAUCCCUGUCAGGAACGUAAUCUGGCACCAUUACAAAUGCGUACACCUCCGGUUCUCGUAGAGCGGAGCAAGAAGCAUAGUUUCCAGACACAGCCACAGGAGAACUCACUAUCCUGCCUGGAGCAUGAUGUGAGUGUGGAGGAGCUCAUAGCUAGCCAUCACCACCAGCAGCAGCAGAAGAACACGAUUGUCAGCGCCGGGGGGAAUACGAAUUCCUGUUUGGGUCAGGGAUUUCCCAAGCAGCAGAACACGGAUCAGAAGCUAAGGGGAUGGCAUGGUGUAAGAGCCCUGAUCCACAAGAAACUCUUCCGUAAGGAGCAUGCGGAGGAGUUGUGCCGUCAAUUGCAGUUGGGCGAGGAGAAGUCAAAUCUGGUGACCGCUCUACGUCGUCCAAACAACCUGGACCUGAGUCCUCGCCUCGAUAAGCCCCCGCCCGUUCAACUAAGGAGUGCAGAGCAACGGACGGGAACUCCGGCUCACAUAGUACCACGUUCGCUGUCCAGCAGUCUGAUCAAGCACAUCAACGGCAGCACCAAUAAUAACUCCAUCCAGAGUCAUGGUAGCGAGCUGCAGACCCUCACCCGUCCCGCUCCGAAACGAAGACCCGGUCACCUGCGCACCAACUCCCUGAUGGUCACCAUGGGCCAGGGUCCGCCGACGGAGCAGCAGAUGCGACGGCAGCACAGCUUGGAGGUAUUCCGCGAGGUCUUCAGCGGUCGGGGGAGCAGUGAGCGACUGAGGGAUCCCAGCGAACGGGUCAAGACCCCGGGAGAUGUACCGCCAUCUGUGCGGAAGGCCAGAGCCAGCAAGACCCUAAGUCUGUACGAUGAUCGGAUGAUGGACUCCUCCCUGCUGAAUAUCCUCUAGCAUGAGGAGGUUCUGCUGCUGGAACUAUAAACUAAUCAAAAGCAGCAGGACUUGAAUCAAAACCCAUAUCUCAUCCUUCAUCGAACACAUAUUCAACGAUAGCCAUAGGGCAGAGCAGAAGACUCGAAUCGCUUCCUGGAAAAGUCUUCUCACGAAACCGAAAGGAUAACAGUUUUGGUUUUCUUAUUCUCAAUUCAGUUCGAUUUCAAGUCAGAGCAAAGCUAAAGAAAUCCAAUUAAUUAUUGCACAGGAUUCAUACAUCAUGAAAUCGAAAGGAUGUUUGAAUUUGAAGACUAACAAACCGGAUCCCAUAAACAUUUAUUUUUCGAACAUAGUAGCAGGGGAGUUCAAAGAUCGUAUGUGUAUAUCUAGAUGUAUUUUUUCACCAAUCAUCCUAGCGUGUAGUGCGGCAAACAACCAAAGUCCUUAUAGGUUAGAUCAGACUAGAAUCGUACGAGUAUCAGUAUAUAGCAGUAUAUAGUAUCACACAAACACACAUAUAUAUUUUUGACUUGAACUUGGACAAGAGCGAAACAGGAAACAGGAAACAGGAAGUCUAUAUAGUUUGUAUAUGUAUGUACGGUUUUCACUCGAGUUGAGCUUAAGGCAGAAGGGGAAUGAAGACAGAAGGGGAUUGGUCGGACCACUUUUAUAGAGCCAUAUAUAGUAACGAACUGCAUUAAGAGUAUAUCUUUAACUAAACAUUGUACUGGAAUAUUUAGUCAUACAUAAUUACACAUUAAAGCCCCCGAACUAGGGUUGUCAGCAUACUGAAAACAUGUAUACAAAAAUACGAAAAAAAAGAGCACAAAAUACUCGAAAGAAAAUAUCUGGUUAACAAAUUGUAUAUCCUUAAUUGGAUGAAAUGACAACCCUGUACCCAUUUGUUCGAGUAUUUGGCAACUCUAUUUAGUAUACCCCUUUGGAUGAAUUUUCGAUGAAUGCCUUUUUGUCGUUCUCUUUAGUACUUAGACCAAAACACCCGCAGCCUUUCAAUCACAUUAAAUGCAAGUCUAGUUAUAUAUAAUUUACACUAAUUAUAAUUAUAAACUAAUUUAAUAUAAUUAAU